AGGAGAUUACAUUCUUCUGAUACAACUGGACCUGUUGAAUCUUGAUCUCAUCCAUAUGCUCUUGAUCUGUUCUGAUCUGAUUUUGAACUUCUGAGCCAGUCUUUAAUCAUCUAUUACGUCGUUCUUACUACAGCAUUAUUCUCGUUCUCAGUACACCAUAAUUGAAAUCUUCAGUCUCCAAAACUUCACCAAACCGCACCUCCAGGCUUUCCCAAAAUGCAUAUCUUCACUGCCAAACACCAGAAGCUCAUUCUCCAGGUGUAUCCGCCUGGAAAGGCAGUCGACAAAAGAGCCAACCCGUCGGAGCUCUCGUACUUACUCUACUACGCCUCCACCAGAAGAGUCAAGUUGGAGAAGGUAGUCACUUUUCUCGAGGCAAAGACAGCUAGUGAUGUCUCCCACAACCGUUCAGGUAACCUCCAAGUGACUUUGGAGAUCAUCUCCUCUCUUAUCGAGAAAUGUGCCGACAACUUGAACGUGUUUGCUCUGUACGUGUGUUCGAUUCUCACGUCAAUUCUUAACACCAAGGACUUGUCACUCUGCAAAAGCGUUGUAAACACCUAUGGAGUGUUCUGUGAGAAUCUCGACGGCGGCUUGUUUUCAGGUGACAAGGCUUUUGUAGACUUGUUCACCAGCUUGUCUGAAGACUUGAUCUUGACAGGCUCCAAGAACCUGCAAGCCCCGGGCCCUAACCAGUUGGAAUGGAAGAUGAUAGCACUUAUGGCCAUUAGACACAUUUCGCCAUGUUUGAGUCAUUCGACCAAAAUUGCCACCAAGUUCAUCAACAUCUCAAUUCCUUUCUUGCUGAAGACGAUUCACAGCACAAACUCACAAAGUAACUUGCUUUCACGUGUCCGGAGCAACAUAAAUGUAGAAGGGGACGAUCGCCGUCUUCAGAGAGUUCUUCUGUCAAAGGUUCCUCAAAAUAUCCACAAGCAAAUCCAAGAAGAUUUCGACAACGAUAAUUUGCUGGAAGAUGACAUCACCGAAGAAGCUCUCCGUAGUUUGAAGGCUUUGUUUAACACCACCCUAACAAGUCAGAUCUCACUGGCCACUAGAGCUGUUGUCAAAUACAAUUACGAAAGUAAAACCGACCUGAAAUGGGGAGCCACUUUCUUAGAGAUGUGCACCACCUGGAUCCCAGUCCAGCUUCGAUUUGUAAGUUUGUCGACCUUGAUGGCCAGAUUGACUACAAUAUCUAGCGAGGCCACCAACAGUAGUCCCAGUUUUGGUUUACAAACGCAGUACGCUAGUCAUAUCUUGGCUUUGGUAUCUUCUGAUGUCAACAUGAUUGGUUUGUCUGUUUCUGACAUCAUUCAGCAGAUAUUGUCGUUGCAAUCAAAUUUGAUCUUGGAUCAGCUGCUGUUCUUGAAGCCAGAACAGGUCAAGAGAUUGUCGUCCAUAUACUCUGGCUGUAUUUGUAACUUGGCAUCCCACAUCUACUACUACGACCAGGUUCCUGAUGCCAUCCAAGAGAUCUUGGUCAAGAUCGACACCGUUGUAGACUUUUCAUUUGUCGACAGAGACCAGGACGUUCUGCAAAACAUCAACGCCAACAACAUCCACAACUUGGUGAUGACAUUGUUGGGCGAUGUUUCUGUGAUCUUUAGUACUUUGACCAAGAAGUCAAGCUCGAUAGCCAGAAACCAUGUAAACUUGGAGCAUUGGGAAAUAAGCUUGCCGUUGUUGUCACCUGAGAGUCUGUAUGACAACGAUACGCUUAGAAAGACUGUCUUCACACCUUCACAGAUCAUUGACAUUCAAAUUAAGUACUUGAAGGUGUUGCACGAUUUCUUAACUAACGAGUUGUCUUCAGCUGGCAACACCCCUCAGCCGAGAUCGUCAUUUGAGUCUGUCAACUCUGAGAAUUUGAACGGUACAGUCAAGGACUUGUUGAAACCCAACAUCAAUCAGUAUAUAUCCAACCCCAACAACGUGAUCUCUCAUUUCUUGCUCUAUGUGCACAAAUUCUUCAACUUCCACGAGUCUCCCAAUACUGAAGUUGUACUUUCUUUGAUUUCUGUGAUGAAAGACAUGCUCAACAUAUUGGGUGUCAACUUUGUAACCAACUUCUUACCUUUCCUUUACAACUGGUUGAUUCCCUUGAACGAUAUUAGCGAUGUUCCAUCCAAUGCGAAGUUCAGAGAUUCCAUUGCACAUAUUGUGACCUACUAUUGUUUGAAGACAUUGGAUGACAAAUACCCCGACGACUUGGAAGGUUAUGCUUGUGGCAGUAAGUUUUUCUCGAAGUUGUUGCGAGCAGUGGAGUACAGAAAAGUCAACAAGUUGUGGAUCCAGGGACUUGAUUCGUCGCCUACCGAUCUUGAGAUCAUCAAGAACACGGCCAGUAUCAACGCCAACGAUACCAAUUCGAAGUUCUCCUUUACCAGAAAGGACUACGACGACUUUGUCUGUGGCAAUAACUUCACCAUUGUCCACAUCAAUCCAGCCAAGUCUUUGGAUUUGAACGGAAUCUCUACUGUAGUGCAUGCUGAUGCAAGAGGUUCCUCUGGAAGCGGAAUCUUAGGUCCCGAAAGUGAAGUUCACUCGCUGAUUGAACUGUUAAGGCACAAUGGCAACUCUGGCUUAGGCUAUGGGUUAGGCACUGUAGGCGAUAUCAGCUCUAUCCAUUCUGAGAUCUUGCAGAAUACCCAGCAUUUGAACGGUAGAAACUUCAGUUUGACAGCGAACGGAACCUUCAACAGUGACAUCACCAGCUCGUCGAUUCUAACCUCUGAUGGCAGAUAUGUCAAUUCGCCUAGAGUCGCCGACUUGAAGGACUUGAUGACAGACCCCAGAAGAGGCUACAGAAAGACGUCCCACAUUGGCCAGACACCAGGUUCUGUUCUUGGAAAGCAGAUGGUGUCUACAGACUUGGAAUCGAUUCUCACCAGCUUGAACACUGAAGAUGAUUCACGGAUUAUAGUCUAGUAUUUAUUGUUAUAGAGAUGUUCAUGUAAAAUAAAAUUGAUAAGAUGAA